AUGUUUUGCGCCCGGUUGUUUGCCGCCGUCGUACUGGCUGCACUUGUGGCAGGCUCGACUCUCGCCAAUGCAGCAGCAACGAAGCCAUCGUUCAGGAAAGUCGCCUCAACCCGGUUCAAGUUCAAAGAGAUCCUCGACGACGACUUCGCUGACCCGUCCAUCACCAAAUUCGGCGACAUGUGGUACGCUUAUGCGACAGUCGGCAACGGUAUCAACGCCCAGCUCGCCAUCUCCAGUGACGGCAACGUCUGGACGCUCAUGAGCGGGCUCGAGACGCUGCCCAACCCGGGCCCGUGGGCGGACCAGAGCUACCCUGGCGUGUGGGCACCGGACGUGACGCGCGCGACCAACGGCGAGUACGUCAUGUACUACUCGGCGAAGGCGGCGGGCAUCGACCAGCACUGCAUCGGCGUCGGCAUCGCAGACAAUCCCACCGGCCCAUUCAUCCCUCUGCCGACCCCCCUUGCUUGCCCCGUCUCGCAGGGCGGCGCCAUCGACCCGGCCCACUUCUGGUCGAGCGACGGCCGGCUCUACGUCGUGUACAAGAUCGACGGCAACAACAUCGGCCACGGCGGCAGCUGCAACAACGCCAUCCCGCCCAUCGUGCCCACGCCCAUCGUCCUGCAGCAGCUCGACCCGCGCGAUGGCUACACCCUGCUCGGCAACCCGUUCCGCAUCCUCGACCGCGGCCCCGAGGACGGCCCGCUCAUCGAGGCGCCCAGCCUCACCCGCACGCCCGACGGCAAGUUUGUCCUUUUCUACAGCUCCAACUGUUAUGACAGCAGCAGCUACGACAUUGCGUAUGCCUGGGCCGACCGCAUCACCGGUCCGUACGUCAAGAUCGCGCGCUUGGCCGUCACCGGGACCAGCGGCUUGUAUGCUCCUGGGGGUGCCGACGUCUCGCCGGACGGGUCGAGGAUGGUGUUUCAUGCGAGUGAUGGCACUGGCAGGCGCGUCAUGUUCAUGGCGAAGCUUGCGUAUGAUUCGAGGAGGAGGCUGGUGAUGACCAUUUGA